CUGAACAAUUACUCCAAUCAAACUUUAAGAAGCCGAACCUGUUUGCAGCUGUACAGACAUCACCCAGGGUUGCUGAAUAGCUGACCUCACUCUGAAUUGAAAGAAAGAAUGAAGCAUCUGAACAUCUCUCUUCUUUUGCUCCUCGUCUUCUGUUCAUCGAGUGCUGGGAAAACUUUCUGGACUCAUUUAGGAACGCGCUGUGUUGAAGACUGCAAGGUUUACUGGGGCGAGUACAAGUGCAAGACCAUUGAUAAAGAUGGACAGUGCCAGACAAUGUACUGUUCACCUAAAACAGGCAUGGACUACUGGGGCCGGCAGUGCAGUGAAAGGUGUGAGAAAAAUGGAAACGACUACUAUUCGUGCAAAAUUAAUUUACUUCAUUGGGGAUACUGUGGACUCGUGAUGGAAGGCCUGACCCAUUAUGGAUCAUACACAGGUGCACAGUGUUAUGACUACUGUGAACAGAGAGGUCAACACUACUAUUGGUGCCAUACUGAGAAGGGAUGGGAUUACUGUUCGCCUAAUGAAAACCGAGAUUACAUGAACAAGCAGUGUAAAGAUGACAGCCCAUGUGAAAAACGCAAUAAUAACUACAAGUGGUGUGCCGUGGAUGGUGGCUGGGGUUACUGUGGGCUCGUAGAGCCAAAGCUGUUCCUCCACCGAUCUAAGUAUCAUUACGUUUGCAUUGACGAAUGUCGGUAUUAUCAGAGUAAAGAUUACUACUGGUGCCACAUUGAAAAUGACUGGGACUACUGCUCUCCAGAGGUGGAUGUAACUUAUAAAGGCACACCCUGUCGCUCAGAUCAUUUCUGUGGCUUACAUGGCAAAAGUUACAACUGGUGCUGGACCUCAGAUAAAGAUUAUGAUUACUGUGGGCCCAUUGAACCUGAAGAGUGCACUUACAUUGACUCUAAACAUCGCAGCAAAAGAGCCGACGCAAAUAAUCCCCAGAGAAUUGUGAUAUGCACGAAAGUGGACAAAGGAAAUAAGAUAAUGACCACCUUUUCUGCUGAGCCAGCACCUAACGCAAUCACUGAUGGAAGUCAAUUUAGAGAAGAGAUCGAAAACUUAAUCAGCUUCUGGGACAAUGGCAAUCUGGUGGAGCAUGCAUCAUCCAAUCUGAUGCACUCUGCUAACGUCCGUAUUGAUAUGCAGGGAAUCAUAAUCCGCAACAAUCAGAGAUACUACAACCUGCAAGUCCAGCUGAAUCGGCCACGGAGACCUGGUGGGAGCACUACUGUGUCUCAGGUCAUCGUGCCUCAAGGAGUCCCAGCCCGUUACAUUCGCAGAGCCUUUAUCGAAAGCUUCAGGAGACGAGCUCGGGUUUUUAUUGAAGUUUCAAGACUAAAUCAGUGUUAGGUCCAUAAGUUGGAAACAUCUGCAGUACGGUAACCUAUGGUAGACCGGGUACACCUUUAGCUACAUUUAGCUUGUAACACAGCUCAAAUAAAGACAACAAAAUCUAUUACAUAGACCGCAUGCAUACCAGUAUAAUUCUGAGUUUACUAAAACAGGUUAUGCUUAAAUUUGCUUCCCUGAUUUUCAGCUUUUAUUGACCUUGCAAGAUGCCAAACCAUUCCAGACUGACUGAAACUCUCCAAAAGCUGUUUGUCCACGUUGAGGCAACCAAGGCAGUUUUUUACACAGAUCAUGGAAUGAAUUAAACUUGCUUAUUUGUGAAAAACAAGAAGCUUGACCGCUUAACUCUCCUGUUAACUGCAACAGCUAUUUCACCAGCAUGGACCACGCCACACUUUGAGCUAGACUUUACUGUAGGGAUGAAUUUACUGUAGGGGAGUUAGAGGAUGACUGGUGAACAGGUGGGUAGGUUGAUCGGGCGUCCUACUAUGCCAAGAGACUCAGAGUGGGGGUACUGUCACUGUAAUAUUUUGGCAGAGUGAUUGGACCCCGCGAUACAACCUAUAUGUAAGAGUAAAGAGGAUUAAAGGAUUGUGAAUGGGAAUCGAGGAAAUGGAGGGAGGGAGGGUGGGUUUGAAAGAACGAGAACAGUGCUAGAUGGAUGGUUCUCCUUAAAUAAGUUUAAGGGAGUAGAUGAUUGGUUAAGAAGACAAAGUGAGACGUGGUUCUGUAGCUAAACCUUUAUUAACAAGUUAACUCCAUUUAUGUAUGUUUUUGCCAAAUGAAUUUCUAAUAAAACAUUAAACUAAA